AAAGCUUUUAAUGCCCCUGCGGGGAGAGAGGCUGUGCCCGGGAGCGAGCGAGCCUCUUCCGACCGCCUGGGAGAGAAGCACCUGUAGCACGCACUCGGAGACUCCUCGAACCCGCGUAGGUACCGUUACACGCUGGCACAAGCUCGGGACCACUGGAACAAUGCUGCUGCACCAGCUACCUCUAUUUAACGCACUCCUUGUCGCUGUCGCCGCCAUGGUGGCGGCAAUAGACCCCAACAGCGUUACCGCCACAGCAGAGGGAAUGUCUGGAGAUGGAGAGUACACGACAAGAACAGGAAUGCUGGAUCCAAUUAGCAGCCACACAACUUCUAUGCAAACCACAGUCACUCCAUUUACGACAACUGUGAGAGAUGAGACAUCUGUCAAAAACACCUACACCACCAUCACAAGCUCACUUAUGACAAGUCGCAUCCUGACAUCGACAAGCCAACCCGGUAACACUGUGACAAAACAUCCACCAGACCCGACAGAUCACAAUCCCACCACAGCUGACACAACUUCGAUGACAACAGUUGAUCCAACCAGAAAUGACAUGACGUCAAUGACAACAACCGGUCAGACCAAUAACUACUUAACACCAAUGACUACAAAUAGUCAGACCAACAACAACACAUUGAUGACAACAGGUCCGAACAACAAUGACAGAACCUCAAUGACAACAAUGGGCACAUUAAUGCCUACAACUGGUAUGAACAACAAGACAACCAUGAUAAUAACAACUGGUCUGACCAAUAGUGACACAACCUCGAUGGCAACAACCAGUUUGAUCAAAAAUGACACAACUUCCAUAACAACAAUCCACCUGACCAACAACAACACAACAUUACUGACAACAACCAACAACAACACGUUUACAACCAUAGCUGGUCCAACCGUCGGCGAAACAACCUCAAUGACAACAACUGCUCCAACCAACAACACAAACUCAAUGACAACAACUAGCCUGACCAACAACGACACGACCUCCAUGACAACAAACAACCUGACUAACAACGACACAUUACUGACAACAACCAACAACAACACGUUUACAACAACAGCUGGUCCAACCGUCGGCGACGCAACCUCAAUGACAACAACUACUCCAACCAACAACAAGACCACCUUGAUGACACCGACGGGUCCGACAAACAACAACACAGCAGUAACGACAACAAUUGGAAUAACCACCAACUCGACAACCAUCAGCCCAACACCGACUCUGACCAUCAACGGCACAACCUCUUUGGCAACUGCUGCAUGGACAGACAACACCAACACCACCAAAGAUACGACGACUUGGACGACAACUGCCCCUCAUUCCAACAAUGACACAACUACAGUAUUCUCUACCAGCCCUGGAGAGACUUCCGCCGGUAUCACCACGACUAGUCCCACACCCUCAACGGCAAAAUCAGGAGCAACCACCCCUGGACCAACAAGCAGCAUCACCCAAACCACAACCAACAACGCCACGCAAACCUCCCCCCACCCCACCAUGGGUCCAAUUAUAGUUUGUCCCGCGGAACAGUGUCCCCUUGAAAGCGUCUGCCUGAACGGAACCUGCCAGUGUCUCUCUGGAAGCUUCUUGGUGGGCAACCGUUGCACCCGCGCUCAAAUGUUUCCUGGGCAACUCCACCUCACCUCCUUGACGUUUAACAAGGAAAUGUUGAACAGGUCCUCCAAAGCAUUCCAGGACACAGCAGCAGACAUCUCGGCGGUGCUCGCUGGUGCCUUUGCUGGUCAGCCGGGAUACCUCCGCUCUGACGUGGUGAAGCUAGCCCCGGGAAGCGUCAUCGCCACCGUCAACAGCGUCUUUGACAACACGGCGGCCUCUCAAGAGGCAAUCGACCAGGUCAUCAAGGAUGCCAUCGGGAACAGCUCCCAAGGCUUGCUGGUCAACGCUACAUUUAGCGGCACGAAAUUGUGCGAUCAAGUGCCACUUCCUUGCGACGCCGCCUCCACGGUGUGCACCAGUGCCAAUGGCCACGUGGGUUGCUCCUGCAAAGGCGGCUACGUUUCCACUGUGUACUCCAACAUCAGCUGCAAGGCUUGUCCAAGCGGGCAGGAAGUGGUGGGCAACAGCUGCCAGAAAUGUGCUUUCGGAUACGCAGGCUUCAACUGCACUGACUCCUCUCUGCUGGCGGUGGUCGUUGUCUCCUGCGUUUUAGGCGGAGUUCUACUCAUCUUGAUCUUGGCUUUGCUCUCUUUCUGCUGCUGGUGGAGAUGCUCUGGCGGCCAGGCAGAGCACAGCGACGCCAGCCCGUACCCAGCGGGCGAGCUGACCAAGCCUUGGCCGGUCGGCAUAACGCCCAUUCCACGUGCUAACACUGCAGGCACCUUGAACGCAGCAUCCGCCAUGGAGAUGAUGGACAAACGGCAUCACGGCAACGGCAUGGGCUUUCAUUCGAAGGUGAGAGGAUGGAAAAAGUCGGGUUCGUACGAUCUCAACCCGGACGGCAUGAAGACCUUCAAAAGUAAAAACCCAUCGGGUUACUCGUACCUGGUGCAAGGCCAUGAAAAUCCAUACUUCCUGCCUGGUGACGACAAGAAAAACUGACACAGCUUCCCCCAACCCUCCCUGAUGAACAUUUAAACCAUUUUUAUUUUUAAAUCAAAUAGGACAACAACGAAGAGUUGCGCGAAGUUGACCAUUGUGAUUUUUUCUUUUCUCCUCGUCGCCUUGAAAAUGUUGGAAUUGUGCGACAUUUCAUGUCCAAUGAAUGGUUCAUUACUUGUGGCUUAUUAUUAUAACAAUGAUGAUGAUUAUUAAGCAUUAUAAUGACAAAAUAAGGGCUGGCCCCUCAUUCUAAAUGCCGGUGAAGGGAUUGAUUUUUAUUUUUUUUUAAUUUAGCACUCUAAAAUUUAGCACUCUAAAACGUAGCGAUGUAUAAUAGGAACUGUGUUAGUUCUUGUGGUGCAUGUGCCAACUAUCACUAUUGUCAUCAUACUGCUCGUCUUUGCUUGUGUUUUACAAGUGUGUACAGUUUUGUUUUUUGUAAAUAAUUGCACAUCAACAAAAAUAAUAAAUUAAUUUAAAAACAUAGAAGUCCUCCUUGUUUAUUCCUGUUGAUUUAUUUUUAUUUAUCCUUCAUAAAACAAAUAAUUAUGCCAUGACACAAUGUGUCUUCAGUGUCCACCAAUCUACAUACAAGUACUGCACUGAGUCUACCUUUGCCCUAUUUAAGGCAAUGUCCCAACACGCUAGGUCCCCAAAACAAGGGUACACUGCAAUUCUUUAGCUUCAGCUAUUUAAGGUAUUAUGCCACCAUGCUUGAUGCCCAAAACAAUGAGUAUGAAACAAUUACUUGGGUGCCCGUCACACUUUACUGUGCUGGCCCAUAACCUGUCUUCAGCGUCCCCCAAUCAACAAACUGCACUGGGUCUGCCUUCGCCCCUUAUCAGCAGCAGAGUCCUACCCAAGUCGGUGCCCGGGGUGAGAUUCUAUUCGGCGCCUCCUCCAUUGCUGAUUUACGUUUAUAAAAGAAAUCGCAUAGCAAUUUUUCUUUAAUGUAUAACAUGUCACCCAAUUAAAAAUAGAAAAUAAAAUGUAAAAUAAUGUAAUUAUAAUUUAAAUUCUAAAAAAAACCUGAUACAUACAUUAUGUUGUUAUUAUUACACAUGCACACGCAGAGAGAGAGCGAGAGAGAGAGAGACGUACAGUGAUACAAGGUUGGCAUCUGCUGUUGCAUGUACUUAAACAUGGAGCAAACUCCAAAAGCUGCAUGUUGUCUAUGAUAAAUCAGACUUAAUCUCAGCCACCAGGUCACAGCAACAUAGUGGCUGACAUCCAUAAAUAAUGAAUAUGACAUACAUGUACUGUAUGUGCCAUGUACUGUAUUUAAAUAUGUGGACCAGCUCCCAAUCCUCAGAUUUAUUAUGCAAACCCCAACCCUCAGAUUUAGUGUGCAAAACCCAAUUACAAUGAAGUUGGGACAUUGUGUAAAAUGUAAAUAAAAACAGAAAACAGUAAGUCAUUUUCAACCUAUAUUCAAUUGUAUACACUACAAAGACAAGAUAUUUAAUGUUAAAACUGAUAAACCAUUUGUGGGGGGUGGGGGUAAAUAUCACUCAUUUUGAAUUUGAUGCCUGCAACAUGUUCCCAAAAAGCUGGGUUGGGCAUUUUGUUUUUUAACCAAUGUGUUACAUAACCUGUUUGGGAACUCCAUCCAUCCAUUUUCUGAGCCGCUUCUCCUCACUAGGGUCGCGGGCGCGCUGGAGCCUAUCCCAGCUGUCAUCGGGCAAGGGGCGGGGUACACCCUGAACUGGUUGCCAGCCAAUCGCAGGACACAUAGAAACAAACAACCAUUCGCACUCACAGUCAUGCCUACGGGCAAUUUAGAGUCUCCAAUUAAUGCAUGUUUUUGGGAUGUGGGAGGAAACCGGAGUGCCCGGAGAAAACCCACGCAGGCACGGGGAGAACAUGCAAACUCCACACAGGCGGGGACGGGGAUUGAACCCCGCACCUCAGAACUGUGAGGCUGACGCUCUAACCAGUCGGCCACCGUGCCGCCUGUUUGGGAACUCGGGACACUAAUUGUUGAAGCUUUGUAGGUGGAAUUCUUUGCCAUUCUUACUUGAUGUACAAAUUGAGUUGCUCAACAGUCCAGUGUCUCCAUUGUCGUAUUUUGUACUAAAAAAUAUGCAACCAAUUUUCAAUGGGAGACAGGUCAGGACUCCUGGCAGGCCACUACAGUACUGGUACUCUUUUACUACAAAGCCAUGCUAUUGUAACACGUGCAGAAUGUGGCUUGGCAUUGUCUUGCUGAAAUAAACAGGGACAUCCCUGAAAAAGAUGUUGCUUGGAUGGCAGCAUAUGUUGCCCCAAAACCUGUAACACAUUGUAUACCUGUGUGUACCUGCAGAGAACAAAUUUCGUGUACAUGCAUGCAUCUUCAUGUCAAUAAAAGGUGAUUCUUCUUCA